UCGCAUAAGUUUUUGUUUACAAACCACGUCACCAGGAAAUACAAUCCCCGAAGUUUCAAUAUGCUGCGACAGGACUCGCAAGACGCUCCUCUUUUUGGUGAAGAUGACGGUAACGUGGGAGCCAGAAAGCCCAACAACAGACAUCCGCUGGUCUCCUUCUUCCACCUCUUCUUCCGAACGAGUGCCAUCUUGGUCUACUUGCUGUGCGACAUCUUCAGCAGUCGUUUCAUCGUCUGCAUGGUCACCAUCAUCCUCCUGCUGUCGUGCGACUUCUGGACCGUCAAGAAUGUAUCGGGCCGAUUGUUGGUGGGCCUCCGGUGGUGGAAUCAAGUGGAUAAAGAUGGAAAGAGCCACUGGGUGUUUGAGUCCAGGAAGACGCACAGUCGGAACCCGGCGUCCAGCGCCGAGUCGCGGAUCUUCUGGCUCGGACUCGUCGUGUGCCCCAUCUUCUGGAUAGUGUUCGUGUUCAGCACCCUCCUCUCUUUCAAGAUCAAGUGGCUGGCCGUCGUGGUCAUGGGCUUGGUGCUGCAGUGGGCUAACUUGUACGGCUAUGUCAGAUGCAAGUUGGGUGGGCAGGCCAACCUGAGAAACGUGGCACAGAACUAUCUUGGCGUCCAGAUUUUCAAGCAGGCAAUGAAAAAGACACAGGAGCUUUGAAGUGGAAGAGGAACCAGUGUGACGGACACAUUAUAUCUACGUGAUACCUGUGGGGCCUAUUCUGAGGGUGAACGGGUUUUGUCCUUUUUUUUUAUUUUUUAUUUUUUCCUCUGAAAUCAUUGACUGAUAAAUUUAAGAAUAAUUUCCAAAACAAUACUUGCUUUUGAGAAUACAUUCCAUACAGUAGUGUUGGCAGAGGAAAGGUAGAGUUAUACUUUCUACUCAUGUAAGGUUAUUGGGAAAUGUAAACAUUUAAUACUAAACUGAGUUUACCCACAAAACUGGCAGAAUCCCUAUAAAGCUUUCAUUCAUUUUAAAAGAUGUGUUAUGUAAUGUUAAAACGCCGGACUCCUGAUGGGAUUAAGAUAAAUUUGGGGAUUAUUUUUUUACAUUAAAACUUUUGACAACU